GAGCCCCCAUAACUCCGCUAACACCCUUCCAUCAUCCGGCACUCGGAAAGAACACACUGGGGUGUGCGGGCAGAGAGGAGGGGACUGGGGUAAAGGACAGACACACCAGCAGGACGGCACCACUGAGCGCAUUCCACAUCUUUUUUUUCCCCCCCUGUCUCUCUGCUAACUGCGCUCUUUCAGAGACCGACAUCCCUGCUGAGGAGGGGGGAGCAUCUCUCCUGUACCACUGUGAAGGGAGAGAGUGGGAAUCAGCUGUGCUAGUAGGAUUCAGCUUUAGUUUAGUCUUUCUGUCUUCGUUUCUUGCCCUUCUCCCAUCCUUUCAUUCAGUGUUUUCUGUGUGUGACGACUAGCUGCUGUCAUCUCCUCCCACCACAUCCCCGAAACCUUCACAUUCACAUCCUCAAUCUCUCACGUGUUCUCAUUCCACUGAGCUCCAAUACUUAAUUCUCUCUCUCUUUCUCUCUCUCUCACUCAGACUCUCUCACACACACACACACACACGCACGCACGCACACAGUGAAGCAGUUCUGUGUGAACAGACAGUGAGUGAAAGGGAGAGAGCGCGGGAGGAGUGUGAGUUUGUGCGUCUGUGUGUGCGCAUUUCUGAAGGAUCCAGUGACAGAGGCUGCGUCGGUGCUGGCGGAUUGCGUACGGCUUGGCUGCUGCCGUCUGCAAAGCCGAGCGCUCAGGAGCCGGGGACACGAGCACUGAACGCGAGCACUGAACGCGACUGCUGAUCUGAAGAAGUGCGUGUGCAUGGGACACACAGGGAACUGAAGCGUCACUACAGGAAGAUAUGCAUUUUUACCGGAGCUAAAGCUUUAAGUCCCAGCACUGCAGCACACUGCAUCUCUCUCUCUCUCUCUCUCUCGCUCUUGCUUUCUCUCUCUGUCUCUCUCUCUCUCUCUCUCACUCUCUCACAGAAAAAAAGAGGAAGAAAGCAGUUGCUUUUGAGUCUCCCCGUGUGUCACACAGGAUUCUCUCCGACAGUAUCGCCCUGGAUUCUGCCCGGAUUCAUCACUUCCCCUCUGUGCCGCUGAGACCUGUCUCUCGGGGGAGAAACGCAUACUGGAUUUACCUCCUUCAACUGGAUUGCCAUUGGCUUUUUGUUUUGUGAAAAGCCUCUAACUACAUCCUUAGGGAAAGCUGCGUUCAGUAACACAGCAAGACCACGCUCACUGGAGUCCCUUAGCAACAGCUGAAGGAGUUUAUUAAUUAAUUUGUGUUUUUAUUUAAGCUUGUAUUUAUUUGUCCUGCUGCCCUGGUUUUGGCGUAGGCUCUUUGGACAUAUGCGAGGAGAUGGAUUGGGAGCUCUGAACAAACAUGAGAGAGGUGGGCGACAGAAACGGUGAGGACAAUCAGGUCUCUGUCGUCCUGGGCUCUGGGGUCCUUCACUUCCCCUUUCCUGUUUUCCUUAAUAUUUUGCUCAUCUUUGCAGCAAAUGUCAAAGACGAGUCUCAGAGUCUCCACCAUUCUUCAGAAUUUGGUCUCUUCUUUUUCUUGGCUGUAAAAGCUGCAGUGCUGAUAGUGUUGAUUCCUUGUUACCCCCUUCCACUGUCCCUCCUCUCUGAGUGAGAAAUGAAGGACACGUUUCAGAUGUCCCAGAAGAAAUGAUCAUGUGCAGAAACAGCUUUUCAUGUGGUCCUUUUGGAGAUCACUCCAUUUUUAAUCAGAUCUGAAGGAACAGGAGCAGGAUGUGUGGCACUACGUGUAGCAUCUUCUGAAUUCAUUACAUUUUUUUUUACAUUUGUUUUUUUUUUUGCGUAUGUCGAUGGAAAAGCUUACCCUGAAGACAAACAAUGUAAAACAAAUCCAGUCAAACAAUUGAGUUACUGCUGGGAUCUCUAUUUUUCUAUUAGACAUGGAUAUUUUAUUUCUUUUGGACAGGCCAUCAUGAAAAGCUUGUGCCUGUCAACAAAUGAUGUUCUUCUUACUUUUAAAAAUAAUUACUUAAAAUUGAUUUUAAGGGCAAAGAUGACAUGGAAAAUGACAAUUUCAAAGUAGACUAGUGCCUCUGCUGUAAAUCUCCAGACACACAGACGCACACACAAACACGCACGCACACACAUACACACACACACACACACAGACACAAACACAUACACACACACACUCGCAGUGAUGAGAGGGCCAUCUGUUUCAUCACUUUAUCAUACACGGUUUUUCUUAAUUUCUGCUUUUUAUUUUCUGUUUUAAUGAGCCUGGUCUAGAGUUGUUUGUUCUCAUUGCUUUGUUGUUUUUUUCUACAUAUAAUUUGUUUCACUGGUGAAAACCCAUGGAUCUACACGAGUAAUACACGCAACUACGCAGGCAAGACGAGCUCUUUUGGCUGCCCAGGUGCUUUUAAGAUGUUGAGAUCUCCCUGCAUCCCCGGGGCUCCUGUUGGGAUCAGUAGUACCGUGGCUCUUGGUGGCCAGAGACAUGGACCCCGAAUCGGCUCCCCCCCGACCACAGCGUGCCGCCCCUUGGCCCCACGUCACCCUGUGAAGGAUGUCCCACAGUGCAGCUCCGGUCCAGGAUAUCUCUGAGACCCCCAGCCAGAGAGAACGAAUCCGCAGCCACAUGAAGAUGGUGAUUGACAAGCUGGAAGGAAUUCUCACUGAGCUCAAGGAUGUGGCCAAGGAGCUUCGGGAGGUUGUGGGUCAGAUCGAUAAGUUGACGGCAGACUUUGACUUUGACCUUGAGCCGGAUGACUGGACAGUGGCCACAGUGAGCAGCACGUCCAGCAGUGAACGGGGGCUCAGCGACACCUUCAGGCUCGACCUCUUCAACCCAGAUGUGCUCUCCGACAGCUGGGACUUCUCCAGUUUCCUGGAGGCCCCGUCUUUGAGUUCCACCCCAACGCCAAAGCCAGCAUCGCGGCCAGGGGAAACCGAGCCAGGGGUGGAGCCCACGACCAAUGCAGCGGCUGCAACACCUUACUCUCAGAUGAACGGGGGCCUCCCCAUCCCCAAUGGCCCCCUGAUUGUAACACCAGACUCAUCCAGCGAAGAGGCCACGAGCUCCACCUACAGCCACAAGACCUCUCGGACCUCCGGAACCAGGGAGCGAGUUCGAUUCAGCGACAAGAUCCUGUACCACGCGCUGUGCUGCGACGAUGAUGAGGAUGAGGGGGAAGAGGACGGCGGCCAAGCCACGCCCGACAGCGAGCUCAGCCCCCCCAUCACCUCACCCACGCCCACGCCCUCGCCCCCUGAACACGUUCUCCACAACUGUUUGGACUCCUCUUCGCUCCCAACUCCCGUAAGGGCUGGGAGAGGUCAGGGGGCCACAGGGACCCCCGCACCCCCCAGGAAAAGCCUCCUUAACCCUGGCUGCCGGAAAAAACUGUUGCGGAACAGCAGCACACAGACUGUCUCAGACAAAAGCACCCAAACUGUACUGCCCUACAUCCCUGUGAAACAGAAAACUAAGGACCAGCACUGAGAAUCAACAAAAACAAAAACUUUAACAAAACAAAUAGAGAAAACAAACUCUGUACUAUUUAAUAUUAAAUACAUAGAUAAUAGAUUAAUACAAAGAAAUACGUUACUUACUAAAUAAAUAAAUGAUAUAUGGGAAA